AGUUAUCAUUCACAAAUAACCCUUUGAUCUCAGUGAUUAAGAGUUUGCUCAAAAUGGCCAAUCUUUGGCCAAGCCUGGUUUUUGCCUUGGCUAUAUGCUUCAUAGCCACCAAUGUAGCAGCUAGUGAUGACAAGCCUUAUGCUUAUUCAUCUCCUCCACCACCAGAUUACUACAAGUCAUCCCCGCCAUGGUAUCACCACCACAAAACUCCACCGUAUCACUACAAAUCACCACCACCACCUUCACCAUCACCUCCUCCUCCAUAUGUUUACAAGUCACCUCCACCUCCCUCUCCAUCACCACCCCCUCCUUACAUUUAUAAGUCCCCUCCUCCACCAUCUCCAUCACCUCCCCCUCCUUACGUCUACAAGUCACCGCCACCUCCUUCUCCAUCACCACCCCCUCCUUACAUUUAUAAAUCACCACCACCACCCUCACCAUCACCUCCACCACCAUACAUGUACAAGUCACCACCACCUCCAUCUCCUUCACCUCCUCCACCUUAUGUCUACAAGUCACCACCACCACCUUCACCAUCUCCACCUCCUCGUUACGUUUACAAAUCACCACCACCACCCUCACCAUCUCCUCCUCCACCAUACAUUUACAAGUCACCACCUCCUCCAUCUCCAUCACCCCCACCUCCCUAUGUUUACAAAUCACCACCACCCCCAUCUCCAUCACCUCCCCCUCCUUAUGUCUACAAGUCACCACCACCACCUUCUCCAUCCCCACCUCCUCCUUACAUUUAUAAAUCACCACCACCACCCUCACCAUCACCUCCCCCACCAUAUAUUUACAAGUCACCUCCUCCUCCUUCCCCAUCCCCCCCCCCUCCUUACAUUUAUAAAUCACCACCACCACCCUCACCAUCACCUCCCCCACCAUAUAUUUACAAGUCACCUCCUCCUCCUUCCCCAUCCCCCCCCCCUCCUUACAUUUAUAAAUCACCACCACCACCCUCACCAUCACCUCCCCCACCAUAUAUUUACAAGUCACCUCCUCCUCCUUCCCCAUCCCCCCCCCCUCCUUACAUUUAUAAAUCACCACCACCACCCUCACCAUCACCUCCCCCACCAUAUAUUUACAAGUCACCUCCUCCUCCUUCCCCAUCCCCCCCCCCUCCUUACAUUUAUAAAUCACCACCACCACCCUCACCAUCACCUCCCCCACCAUAUAUUUACAAGUCACCUCCUCCUCCUUCCCCAUCCCCACCCCCUCCUUACAUUUAUAAAUCACCACCACCUCCCUCACCGUCACCUCCUCCACCAUAUGUGUACAAGUCACCUCCUCCUCCAUCACCAUCACCUCCUCCACCUUACAUCUACAAGUCACCACCACCACCAUCUCCAUCACCUCCUCCUCCGUACGUAUAUAAAUCACCACCCCCACCUUCUCCAUCACCCCCACCUCCAUACGUUUACAAGUCACCACCACCCCCAUCUCCAUCACCACCUCCUCCAUAUGUUUACAAGUCACCACCACCACCAUCUCCAUCACCACCACCUCCAUAUGUUUACAAGUCACCACCACCUCCAUCCCCAUCCCCACCUCCUCCUUAUGUCUACAAGUCACCGCCUCCACCAUCUCCUUCACCUCCCAAACCUUAUGAUUACGCGUCUCCUCCACCACCCACUCCUUACUAAACAAGUUGAAUUUCUCUUCUCUUCAUGUUAUAGAUUGGUAAAACAAAUCAUUGCUGCAAGAGAGAGUUUUAUCCUGGUGGCUUCUAUGAAUCUGAUCAAAAUGCGCCCUGAAAACUGCUUGAGAUUAAGAGGCUUAGCAUGGACGUUGUCUUAGCAGCUUUCAUGCAACUUAUUAUAUGGUUUAAUUAUUUAAUUUUGUUGUCAUACUCAUACACGAGAUAUGUUACUUGUGAUUUCUUUAUGUGGGCCAUUUUUGGUUACAUACGCUGAAAUUUGUUGUAUCAAUUGAAUAAACAUCUGUUCAUUCAGUAUAA